AGAAAAGUAAAACAUUUUUUCGAAAACUAAUAAAUCUUCAUUAGAAAGCAUAUAAUAAUGAAUAAUUUGACUACAUACAUACAUAGAAUUUUUUGAAAUUCAGAGUGUAAUCGCUUACUAUACGUGUUAAAUUUUAUAUUAUUUAUAACUUUUGAAAAUUCAAUUUUUUGGGUGCAAUUUCAUUUUAGUAGGUUGCAAAUCGAAACGAACAAUUUGACAUAGUAUAGUAUAUAUUUCUUUCCAAGUACUCACUACCUUUCAGGAUCUAAUGCAUCUAGACUUCUAAUGUCAGGCUUCUCGAAGCUUUGCAAUUAAAGACCUUAUGAUGUGAGGCCUACUGGGAAACAGUGACGACAGGGACAACAAUAAGAUUGGCUUACCUCUCGUCAAACUGUUACAAACAAAACCACACCUAUGCCCUCUGCCACAGGUGGUGCCAACCCUUUAGGGCAGCAGAAAGGGGGAGGUAAUAUGCCCAGCAAUGAAGAGUGUGGAAUCAGAGAUGUCUGGGCCCAUAACCUUGAAGAUGAAUUUCGUACAAUGAGACAAGUUGUGCAACAAUAUCAGUAUAUUGCCAUGGAUACAGAAUUUCCUGGAGUUGUUGCGAGACCUAUUGGUGAAUUUAGAACAAGUGCAGACUACCAGUACCAAUUAUUACGUUGUAAUGUAGAUCUAUUAAAAAUUAUCCAAUUAGGUCUCACAUUUCUUGAUGAUCAAGGAAAUACACCACCAGGAUAUACCACAUGGCAAUUCAAUUUCAAGUUCAAUUUGCAAGAAGACAUGUAUGCCCAAGAUAGCAUAGAUAUGCUAACUAAUAGUGGUAUUCAAUUUAAAAAGCACGAAGAAGAAGGAAUAGACCCAUUAGAAUUUGCAGAAUUGUUAAUGACUUCGGGAAUUGUGUUAGUUGACGAUAUCAAAUGGCUGUCUUUUCACUCUGGUUAUGACUUUGGUUACUUGAUGAAGCUUUUAACAGAUCAAAAUUUACCACAAGAUGAAAGUGAGUUUUUUGAGCUCUUGAGGAUAUAUUUUCCAACAAUCUAUGACGUAAAGUAUCUUAUGAAGUCUUGUAAAAACUUGAAAGGUGGGUUACAAGAAGUUGCAGAACAACUUGAACUACAAAGAGUGGGUCCUCAGCAUCAAGCUGGCUCAGACUCACUUUUAACGGGAAUGGUCUUUUUUAAAAUGAGGGAGAUGUUCUUUGAAGAUAACAUCGAUGAUGCUAAGUACUGUGGACAUCUCUACGGUUUGGGUACAUCGUUUGUGGUCAAUGGUUCGGGCGGUUACUUAGACACCAACGGCGAUAACUCAUCGCCAUCGUAAUAAGGAAAAAAGAGAAAAAAAUCAACAAACUUAAAAAGAAGAAUAGUGUCAUCAUAUUCAUAUGGAAGAGAAAAUAAGAAUUGAAUGGAAGUAAUGAUUUCUUUGUGUAUAAUACCAGCGCAAUCGAGAAAUCCAGUUUAUAUCUCUUGUGUAGAUUCUGUACAACUUAAUGUUCAAACUCUUUAAGUUUUGAUUUUCUUAUUACUACUUUUUUCUUCUUUUUUUAUUUCUACUUUAUAAACUUUUCCUCGAAACAUGAACUCUAGGUAAAAAAAAUUAACGGAAAAAAAGUUUUAUAUAUAAAAAGAAAAACAAUGAGAAAACAAAAAUCAGCGUCGAUUAUUUUUGCUCUAUUAUUGUCCUUCUGUUAAUUAUCUUUUUCUUUUAAAAACAAACAAAAAACAACUAAUUAUUAUUUUUCAUUUUAACUCCGAAACUGAAAUAAACUGUGAU